AUGGAGUCUCUAACGCUGAAUAUAGAGCUGUUACAGUUACCAGAGACAUCACCAAUUUCGAUGAAAUUGAAUCAAGAUUACGUCAAGAAGCUCUUCGAUCAAUGGCUUGCUCUUCCUGAAACCAAUCGCUUGGUUGCAUUUAUGGUAAAUGAUGUCAAAUCAGGAGUUUCAUUGAAUGUUAUAUGUGGAGGAUCUUCUUCUACUACUAAUUCAGGAACUAAUAGUCCUCUGGCUACAAUGUUUCCUGCGCGCAAUGGCCCUCCUCUUUCUCCAAGAAACUCCACUGGUUUGCCUCGGAUCACUAGACAAAGGACUGGACUCUCUAAUCUUAGCUCUCCUCUCAAAGUGGUUUCUGAACAUGUUAAAGAACUCAUUCCUCAGUUUUACUUUGAAGAUGGUCGCCCAGCACCAAAUGACCAAAAAGAGCAGUGUAUAGCUAAGAUCAAUACUCUUUUCCAUGGCCAGGAGAAUGGUUUGCAACUGCAAGAAUUUAAAUUGGUUACUACUGAGAUCUGCAAGGUUCCAUCAUUUUUAUCCACCUCUAUUUUCAAGAAAAUAGAUACUGAUAACACUGGGUUUGUGAAAAGAGAGGCCUUCAUUGAUUACUGGGUUAACGGAAAUAUGUUGACAAAGGAGACCGCAACUCAGAUAUUUACAAUACUAAGGCAACCAGAUAAGAAGUAUCUUGUCAAGGAUGAUUUCAAGAAUGUGCUCCAAGAAUUAUUGGCAACACACCCUGGUCUUGAAUUCUUACAAGGCACACCUGAGUUUCAAGACAGAUAUGCGGAAACUGUAAUAUACAGAAUAUAUUACUACAUAAAUAGGAGUGGGAAUGGGCAUCUUACUUUGAGAGAACUUACGCGAGGAAAUUUAGUUGACGCAAUGCAGCAUGCUGAUGAAGAAGAGGACAUCAAUAAGGUGUUGAGGUACUUUUCUUAUGAACAUUUCUAUGUCAUAUACUGCAAAUUCUGGGAGCUUGAUACAGAUCAUGAUUUCUUGAUCGACAAAGAAAAUCUCAUCCGAUAUAGUAACCAUGCACUCACCUAUAGGAUUGUAGACCGAAUCUUUUCUCAGGUACCGAGGAAGUUUAAUAGUAAAACUGAAGACAAGAUGGGUUAUGAGGAUUUUGUUUACUUUAUACUAGCAGAAGAAGACAAGUCAUCAGAACCUAGUCUUGAGUAUUGGUUCAAGUGCAUAGAUUUAGAUGCAAAUGGAGUAUUGACUAGAAACGAGCUGCAGUUCUUUUAUGAGGAGCAACUGCAUAGAAUGGAGUGUAUGGCCCAAGAGGCGGUGUUGUUUGAGGAUAUUCUAUGUCAAUUAUUCGACAUGAUCAAACCAGAGGAUGAAGGAUAUAUUUGCCUAAAUGACUUGAAGGGUUCUAAACUUUCUGGAAAUGUUUUCAAUAUACUUUUCAACCUAAACAAGUUUAUGGCAUUUGAAACGCGUGACCCCUUCCUUAUACGUCAGGAGCGGGCAAAUCCUACAUGGAGUGAGUGGGAUCGUUUUGCUCAUAGAGAAUACAUUAGGCUAUCCAUGGAAGAAGACGUCGAAGAUGCUUCUAAUGGAAGUGCUGAAGCAUGGGAUGACUCACUUGAGGUCCCUUUUUGA